CGACGCAGCGAGCAGCCAAGAACACGAGCAGUCACUCGCGGUCGUCCGUGAAUCACGAGCGUGUGUAUGACACGCGGGGACGAUGUCGCUGUUGCUGGACGCGCUCGAGCUCGAGGUUCGACGAGGACGCCAGCGUCUUCCGUAGACACGCGACGCCGUAGGGUCGAAGGCGUGCCUUCGUCGUGUCACGUCGCCGCAGAGGACGGUGACAGCGACCGCCUGUUCCGUUGGCCCCAUGCGCUCCUCCUCGCGGAACCAUGGCUUCUGUGAAGGUGGCCGUGAGAGUUCGACCCUUCAACAAGAGGGAGGUGGCGAUGAACGAAAAGCUGAUUGUGCAGAUGGACGGCAAGAGGACACGGAUCUUCAAUACCAAGACACCGGAUAGCUGCAGAGAUAUCGACCGGAGGAAGUAUAAAGAUUUCACGUUCGAUCACUCCUACUGGUCCUUUGAUCCGAACGAUGAAAAUUAUUCAUCCCAAGAAAAGGUUUUCUACGAUCUUGGUACGGAUGUAAUAGAAAGUGCCUUCGAAGGCUACAAUGCCUGCGUUUUUGCCUAUGGUCAGACAGGAUCCGGGAAGACCUUCACAAUGAUGGGCACACCGGAAUCUCAGGGGUUGAUACCACGGAUCUGCAAGACGCUAUUCGCUAGAAUGGCAGCCGGAAAGGAGAGCGGAGCGUCGUACAGAACGGAAGUAUCGUUCCUAGAAAUCUAUAAUGAGAGAGUGAGAGACUUGCUCAGACUGGACCAAAGCCAAUCCCACUCGUUAAGGGUACGGGAACAUCCCACGGGAGGGCCUUACGUCCAAGAUCUAUCGUGUCAUCUCGUCUAUGAUUAUUCAGAUAUUCAGGAAUGCAUGGUGAGAGGUAAUACGCACAGGACCACGGCCAGCACAAAGAUGAACGACGUGAGUAGCAGGAGUCACGCGAUUUUUACGAUAACCUUCGUACAAGCCGGCCUCUCGGAAGGCAACAUGCCAUCGGAGACUGUUUCCAAGGUGCACCUUGUCGACUUGGCCGGAAGUGAGCGUGCGAACGCGACCGGAGCGACAGGUCAGCGACUGAAGGAAGGCGCGCACAUCAAUAAGUCCUUGGUGACUUUAGGCACUGUGAUAUCCACGCUCUCGGAAUUAAGUUCCGCGAGCGGUGACGCAUCUGCCUCAAAGCGGAAUGCGUUCAUUCCUUAUCGGGAUAGCGUGCUCACAUGGCUGCUAAAGGAUUCCCUCGGCGGCAAUUCUAAGACUAUCAUGAUAGCGACUAUCAGUCCAGCGGAAUGUAAUUACAACGAUACUCUCAGCACACUUAGAUACGCUAAUCGUGCGAAAAAUAUUAUCAACAAACCGACCAUCAACGAAGACGCAAACGUAAAACUUAUCAGGGAACUCAGGGCGGAGAUAGAGAAAUUAAAGUCUCUCAUUGAUAAGAAUAUGAGCGUAGAGAGACCGCCGCAAGUAUUGUUGGCUCAAAUCCAAGAGAAGCAAGAACAAGAGAAGGUAUUAACCGAAGAAUGGACUGAAAAGUGGCGAGAGACGCAACAAAUUCUGCAAGAACAAAAAGCGCUGGGACUACGGAAAAGCGGAGUCGGUGUCGUUCUCGAUUCGGAAAUGCCGCAUCUAGUUGGCAUCGACGACGAUUUACUCAGUACCGGCGUUACAUUGUAUCAUCUGAAGGAAGGGAAAACGUUAGUUGGCACGGAGGAAGCGUCCGUUGUUCAGGAUAUUGUGCUGACCGGUGCGGAUGUGGAGUCGGAACAUUGCAUAGUCGAAUUGGACAGCGGCGUUGCGACGCUGCAUCCGCUCUCACCUCAUUGCUGGAUCAAUACUGCUCAAGUGGACAAACCAACAAGACUGUCGCAAGGCUGCAUCAUCCUUCUUGGCAGGAAUAACAUGUUUCGAUAUAACGAUCCGGCCGAGGCGGCGAAGCUCCGGAAGGAGGGCGGCUCGGGUAAUGGCAAUCUACAAUCAACGGUCGUCAAUCUAUCGAGAUUAUCGCUCUUGAGCUGGAGUGUCUCCGAUCUGCAUGCUUCCUGCUCCAGCGAUAAUCUCGUCAACUCGAGCGAGGACCUCAGGGCUGUCGGGGAAUUGGAACAGCAAAAGGCCGCGCUUCUGAAAGAGAAGGAAGAUUUCAAGAGGGAACAAGAGGAGCGUGAGGAGAGGUGGGCUGCGAGGAGGGAAGCGUUGGAAGGUGCCCAGCGUGAAUUGGAACGCGAAUGGGGCGCGCAGUGGAAGGAAUGGGCAGACGCGAUCGCAUCUCUGGAGUCGCGUCAGCAUGAGCUGCGCGCGCGCCGGCAUCUCCUGGAGCAAGAACGACGGGACGAAAUGACGCAAGUAGAAAAUAUGUGUAGGGAAGUCGCCUAUCUGCGCACAUUAUUGCAGUCCAAGCAUCGACAGCUGCAAGAGCUCGUCAACAGUCAUGAACGUGCGCAAACUUAUCAGCAUCAGUGGGAAAAGACGGAUAACGGUGGCGGUAGCGAUGAUAGUCUGCCCGAGUCGUGGUCCAGCCUCAAUGAUGAAAAGUGCAUCGAUACCGUCAGGGAAUUGGUUAAUCAUCACAAGAAAGAGUUAGCUGCCUUGGAGAAUGAGCUGCAAAGCAAGGUCAAGUCUCUGAAUGAGCACCAGAGUAAAGUGGACAAGAUGGAAGAGGAGCUCAUGGAGAUCGCGAAGAGGCAAAAGCAGAUAUUUAAGGCAGAAAUGGGCGACGAAGGAGUAACAGAGAAGAAAUUGCAGCUGGCCAAACGGACUCAGGAACAGCUUCAGGAGAUUGUCCGGCGGAAACAGAGCCUGUCGCUGGAUCUCAAGUGUGCUCUACCCGCGUCCUCGGACGACGAUCGUUCGUUAAACUGUUGCAUCGGAACGGCUUCUAGCUGCGAUUCGAAUCUUUUCCAAGAAACGAACAAUAGGAAAAUCGUCUCAGGCUUAUUGCCGCAGAGUAUACCGAGUUCCGAUACCGUCGAGACGUUCCAUACGGCGGCUGCUGAUUCUCCGGAACUUUGUAUAGCCUUCGAAGAUUCUAACACGUUGCAGAUGAGCGAUAUCGUGAAGAACGAAACUGCAAAUUUCGAGGAACGGGAAGAAAGUUGCGAACAAGACGAUCACUUAACGCACGAUGAUACGAAUUCAUCCGAAGUGGAAAGUAAAAAUAUAAUGAACGUCAGUAAUAAAACCAUGGAAUCGACGAGCGACGAGGAGAAGAAGCCGCUUACGGUAUCCGGUAUUUCGGAGAACAUGCUUCAGGAUUCGCUAGAGUCCCCGAUACAACAAAAUCCAGCGAUGAAGAGACUCAACCAAAGAAUCGCGCGUCAGCGGAUGAUGGUGAUGAGAUGUUUGGACGCCGGCACCUCGUCGAAGGAGGAUCUCAAUCGGCAGAUAAUGAUACUACAGGAUUUGCAGAGGCGGCAGAUCGAACUGGAAGUGUCGUUGUUGGAGAACGAACGGAAAAAUCACUCCACCAGGCAACUCCAAUGCGACGGUGACGAUGGCGGCGGCAGCGAUAAUAGGCUCGUCAUCAACGAGGACGAUGUACAAAACGAAUCAAGUGCUUACUGUAGUGUUGUAGAACCUACAAAUAAUAGCUCCGCCAUUUUAUUAACAGUAGCGCAAACCAGAUCUCAACUUUUCAGGAAUAACAGGCCUAAUACUAAUACUGAUCAAGAGACUUUAUCGGAAUCGUUAGCCUCUAAAAGAUCCUCGGGUCGAGGUUACUCAACCGUUUAUUUGACAAGCCAAAAUCGCGGUGAUCGCUUGAGUAGUCCGUAUUCCCUGACAAUCACGAGAUCUUUGCCAUCGUUGAUAGCGAACGACGGCGACUGCGUAAUUAACAUGAUUGUCAGUAUACCGUCGUACGUGAUACGCGGAGCUGGCGCAUCCAGCCAUUACGAAUAUGAGGUACGAGUCGUGGCGCAGGACGACAGUUGGACGUUGCUGCGCAGAUACAGAAGAUUCCGGGAAUUAUAUACAUCGAUGCGACAAAAGUACGGUAGUAAGGUCGCAGCAAUACGCUUUCCUCCACGUCAGGUCUUUCCAAAAUAUGAGGUCGUAGCGAGGCAACGUCGGAAACGCCUCGAAGAAUACCUUCGCCGAUUAAUUCAAGUUUGCUCGGAAUUGCCGCACUGCGAGCCCUUGUACAAAUAUAAUGGCAAUCUCAGCAACAUAGAUAAGCAAUCCUUGUUAGAGUUCAGUCCGUUUUUCAGACGUGGUAUGUUUGAGAGCGGCAAAUAUGGAACUAGCUAAAAACACUAUUGUGAAUGAGAACAAAUACGACCUUUAUAAUUCAUUGUAUUUGUUUUCAUUUCUUUUCUAUUUAUAAAAGUGCAGCCGCUACAGCAAACAAGAUAUUAGUGCAAAAGCAAUUUAUACAGAGCAAGUCCUUCAUGACAUUUGUAUAUCUGUAAUUUGUAUUUCUUAAAUUACAUAUCAAGAAAUUCACGCAAUAUUGUUAAGAAUAAAAAUAUUGAAAUCUUCUAUAUGAUAUUAUAAGUUUAAUAAGUAUUACAGAUUACUUAUCGAGAUAAUUGAGAUACAAAUGUCAGAUGACGCGUUCUGCAUAAUUUUUUAGUUGUUAGAAAAAUAUAUGCUUCCAAAAGCUUAACUAGCUAAUCGUAAGACUGGUUUUAGAAAAAUGAGCGUUCUUUACCGAUACUGUCUCGUGCGCGCGUUGCAAGCUUAUCGUGGACAAGCACAUAAAGAUAUUAACGGGAGAGUAACGUCAUAUAUUCUUUGUGAGACAAAGAGAAAGAGAGAGAGAAACUCAUCUAUGAACGAGAUGAAACAUAUCGCGUCAUAGUAUGACUUAUUUUUUUCUUUACAGAUAUUUUCCUAAUGUCUUUCUCCCAAUAGAAUUCACAAAGUGUACCUUCCUUCGAUAUAGUCAAAAAUCUUGUAGCUAUCUUAUAUCAUUCUGGUUACGUUACAAAGCAGCACAAAGAUGUAAAUUACAUAAUAAAUUUAUCAACAACAGCGAUCAUAAUCGCUUCGCAGUAAUCUUUUUUUUGCAUUAUAAAUCGAAAAUUUACUUUGUGCAUCGAAUAACGUUUUAUGUGCAAAUUCAAAGUAACAAAAAAAUCCACUAGCGAAAUUGAAAGAGCUUUUCAUUAGGAUAAUAAUUUUCAGCUUGUAAAGUUAGCAAUGUAUUACAAGCAUUAACAGAGAUAUCAUAUCGCUGUUAAAGUUCUUCCGGUUCCGCGAGGAGAGAUAUAUAUAUAUUAUAUAUAUAAUAUAUGUUACAUAUAUAUAUAAAUGUGUAUAGUGCAAGGAAAUAACAAACUAUCGUUAAAGUUGGAACCGUUAUGCAGGCAUCAGCAUUUAUUUCAAUAUUAUUAAACCAAAGUUUUUGAUAAUUAUCGAUUUUAGGAAAAUGUUGCCGCAUUGCUGUGAAUGACGAUUGAUUGAUCAGAUUUAAAUUGGUCAAAGCGCGCGAUUAAAGUAUUAAUAAAUUUAUAUAUAUAUAUAU